AUCAAAUUCUCGAAAUUGGAACGGAGACAACGAGUUUCACUUCGAUUGAAACAAGCAGCAUAUAAAAGUGUCAUUGUCGUCUAUUGCGAAUUGUCAUCUAGCCUGGGGUUUAUUAAUGGUUUGCUAAAUGGUUAUAAAUAUCGUUGGAUGACUACAGCAGUGAUCAAUUUGAUGAGGUUGUUGUGUAAAUACGUUGUCCCUCGUUAUCCCUUCUGA